AUGUCCUUCAAUCAAGUCCCUACUGAAAUUCUCCUCGAAAUCGGCGAUCAUGUCUCCCCCGACAGUCUUCGCCAUCUCUGCCUCUCAUCCCGUCACCUCAUGACCAUCUUCCAAGAAAAAGCGUAUCACUCUACAAGUCUAGACGACGCCAUCUCCUCCGCAAACCGGUUCUUCGCACUCGCAUCAGGACCUCGAGGAAAGUUCGUUCGUAAAAUCACAUACAGUCCCCGCGAUCCUUGGCGAAGAUCAGCAAGGGACAACAUCCGCCUGAAGGAAGGCGAAGCAAUCCGAUAUCCUCUUCUCAACCCCUACGUUCAACUUAGCAGCGAGACUCGUCAAGCACUACAGUCUUUGAACUUGUUUCCGUGCUUGAAGAAGUUCCAGUUUGAUCUGGGCGGAUGGAAUUUGAAUGAGUGGAGGGAUGCACCUUGUUGUUUUACGCUGUUUGGGUUCAUUAGGAAUAAUGAUUCUUAUCAUGAGGAGCCGUGGAGGAUUGUUGUUGAGAAUAGUCUGCAGGCUGUUGCGAAGAAUGAGGUUGGGACAUUUGAACAGCUUGAGAUCAAUGGGUUACCACCUACAGGGUCGGAGUAUUACUAUGCUUGUGCUUCGGAGAAUUGGAAGACUUUGCUUGGGUCACUGAAGAAGUUUGAGAUUUCACUUGCAGAAGUCAAUGGGCGGUUUGGAACCAUGACAAAUGCGCACAAUGGGUUUUUGUAUUAUUUCCCUUAUGCCUUCUUUCAACAUCUUACGAGUGUACGGGAUUUGAGGAUUGGGGGAACAGAGGAUGCUAUUAUCGGGAGUUCGGAUAACCUGGAGCCUAUCGAUUGGACAUCUUUCCAGUUAUCGAACUUGAGAUUCAUCGAGAUUGAGUAUUCUCAUAUCAUGGAUGGACUCUGUGGUUUCUUUGCGAACCAUGCGCAUACCCUGGAGAGGAUACGUCUGAAGAAUUGCUUUGGAACAAGAAAGCAGGAUUGGAUGAACUUGAUCCAAGUCUUCCUUGAUAAGAAACCUACACAGCUAGUACAGUUUGACAUCGUGGCGUAUCCAGUACGUCUGCGACAUGGGCAAGGAGAUUAUUUCUACAAAGGGGAAAUUUGUGGGCAUGGCAUGGUAGGGGAAGUCAAGGGUGAGAAGAUGAGGAAGUUUGUGGUUGGACAAGCGAAUGAUACUUGCGGACACUUUGAACCUGUUGAGGGACAUGCUGUGGAUGGAGAUUUGGAGCUUGAUGAGCGUGAUGUUAUUGAGAAGUGGAGGGAAUUGGAGAAGUUGAUGGAGAGGAACAGAAGGAUGAGGGCGGAUGAGCGAUGA